AUGAGAAACGAAUUUGGCAUGCAUCUGCAAAGCGAGCAACAUCAAAGAAGUUUACUGGUGUUUUGUGAAAAUUUACAACGAUUAAUGACUACUUUAAACAAAACAACUGCACAUGCUGCUUCAAGAAAUAUGGAACAUGAUUUAUCCUUUAAUUAUGAAACUUUCGAAUCUGCAUCUACAUCAUCUGGAUUAACUGGUAAAGGUGCUGAGUUAGAAAAAUGUUAUGAUACAUUAACAAUACAAGCAGCUCAAGAUGAAUCGAGUCAAAUUAAACAGUCGAUCAACGAAGUAGAUACGUAUUUAGCUGAAAUAGCAUCUAAUAGCAAGAUCCUCCAGCAAGAAACGUUAAGUAUAAAACAAAAAGUAGAACUGAUAGAAUUUACUUCGUAUGACGGUAUGCUGAUAUGGAAAGUAACCGACGUCUCGCAUAAAAUUGCAGACUCUCAGUCGGAAAGACAAACAUCGAUUUAUUCUCCGCCCUUCUAUUCUUCAUCAAUAGGUUACAAGAUGCGAGCACGAUUAUAUUUACAGGGUGAUGGAAAUGCAAAAGGAACACACAUGUCACUCUUCUUCGUGCUUUUGAAAGGUGAUCAUGAUGCGGUUCUCAAAUGGCCAUUUAAUUACAAGGUCAUAUUUUGCUUAUAUGAUCAAUCUGGUCAGAAUAAAAAUGUCAUUGACUCAUUUUGUCCAGACACAAAGUCCUAUAGUUUUCAACGGCCACAAUCUGAAAUGAAUAUUGCGUUUGGCAUACCAAAGUUCUUUCCACUGUCGAUAAUUCAGCAGGACGGUAAUAACUAUGUCCGAGACGAUGCAAUAUUUAUUAAAAUCAUUGUAGAUUUUGCUGAACUACCCCAAAUGAUUUUACCAUAUGCACUGAGUCUCAAUUCUGGUUUACCUUCCCACGUUCAACAAGAUCUAAUUAAUCGCGAAAUAAAACGUCGUGAGGACGCUGAUCGAGAGAUGUAG